AUGCCAAAAACGAGAUGGAUAGAUACGAUAAACAAAGAUACGGCUGAGCUUCUUGCCGCAAACUGGAAAGCACUAGCCCAAAAUAGGCAGAGGUGGAGAAGAGAUUUUUGCAUUUUUCAUCAGAUGACUUCCAGACGACUGAAGGAGCUGGAACGUGCCGAAGCUGCCGAUGAAGGGAUGACGAGGGCUAUGAGAAGUUGACAGUUGAUUACUGGAAGAAAGGGAGGCAGCGUGUCCGAUUUCCAAAGCGAAAUGUUCAUUUCGAUUUCAUACGCAGAUACUUCCUCAUCUCGGUCAUCGUACUCCUUUAUUGGUCUUCCUUGUGUUAGUAGCCGCCCAUCACGUUUAAAUGGUUCCUUAAUCAUCUCCUUAAUGAUAUUUCAUAAUACAUGCUUGGAAAAAAGAAUAAUUUUAUUUAAUCUAUGUUUCAAGGUUAAUUAAAUUUAAAAAAUCUUUGAGCACCUUAAAUUAUAAAUAUUUAAUUUCUUUUCACAUAUUUUUU